GGUCAACUCAGUCUAGAACUACGCGUAAAUUACAAAUCAGCAAAAGGGCCUCCCGCACCUACGAUGUGUAAAAAGCAGUCUUGAUGACUAAGCAUCCUUGUCCGCAUUGGCCAAACCUUAAAAUCCGCAAAAAGGGGUCCAUCUGUAAAGUCACCUCUUGACCAUCAAAACAUUGCGACUCAUAGACAAUAUAAUUGAGUCCGAUCCGGUUCUACUCAGUUCUAUCGCUGGACUGAAAUAUUCUACAGUAAGAUGCAUUGAACAAGAGAAAGGCUGCAGUGAUCGUAUCCAUUGCAGCCGAAAGCAAAAAAACAAACACUUCAUCAAACUCCACAUCACCAGGCAAGAAUGACACUGGCAAAUGAUAUCCCGCUUGAACUUUUACCUAUCAUCCUUGGACAUCUGCAAUGGCGAACGAAAGAUUUAGCAUCAUGUGCGUUGGUAAACAAAGUAUGGCACAAAUAUGCAAAUCCAUUAUUAUAUGCACGUUUAUUCUUACGUGAUCAAACCAGACUCAUUCGUGUCUUUCGAACGUUAAAGGAGAACGCUCACUUAGCCCCUCUGGUUCAUGUGUUGGAAAUCAGAGUCUUCCCUUUUGGCUUACAGGCUGAAUCUUUGGAAGCAUUGGAAGAAAGUAUCCUGCAUACACUUCAAAAAGCUGUCAAUUUGGAAGAAUUAUAUUGGACAAGGACUGGAAGUUUAACUGAUCGGGUAAUACCGUUUUUGCCAGUCUUACCUCGAUUACGGACACUCGAACUCACAGGAUCUUCUCGAUUUUAUACUCCUUCGUCCGUUGGCAAAUAUUUGUUGGACCCUAAGCAAACUCCGCAACUGAAACAUUUUUCCAUCUUGCUUCCCGACAGAGGAGUUGUGGCAGAGCUACCACAAUGGUGCGAACGAAUGGGCUCAAAGUUGGAAAGCUUUAGUAUAUUGUGUCAACAUUCAGCUUUGAUCACAGACUCGAUCUUGAUCGAAGCAUCUCAGCAUCUGACCGGUCUAAAACGAUUAUCCUUGGCGGGAUGUAAGGCUCUAAUGAUGCCUGGAGUGAUGGCUCUCCUUAAAAAUUCAAAGUAUGGGAUUCAAGACUUGGCUAUCGAAGGAUUAGCGAUGCCCCCUGAUUGUCUUCCUAAGAUCGCACAACAUCUUGAUCAAUUGCAUUCCCUUUCCCUCACUUUUCCAAGACCGGCUCAUUCAAUCACACAUUUUUGGAACCAUUUAACCGAAAUGAUGGAAUCUUUGCCAAAUAUAGAAAACUUUACGCUUUAUACGUCAAGUUGGAAUACACCAAGAGGCACCAGCAAAAUGGUAACGGAAACGGGGCUCGAAGACACAUGGGCAACACAUCACAAGAUUACCGAAGACAUGAACUUGAAGAACAUGCAAGAAGUGGAAAGCCGAUUGUACGAGAGCCAAAAGUGGACUCUUGGUUUUUAAAGAGAUUCCUGCCUUCUCGUGGUAAGCAACUAGUCAAAUUACGUAUACAUGGAAUCGUGAUGACAAUCGAUCAAGUACGUGAAAUCUCGUUCGGAUGUCCGAACUUGAAAGAUUUGGUUGUCCAUCUUUAUGAAGGCGAUAAGGACGUCCUGCAAGAUGCUUUAGCAUCUUUAACGAACCUCAAAUCCCUGCACAUCCUUUCAUCGAUGUAUAGCGAAGUAUAUUUAUCGGAAGAUAAUCUACGUGAGAUAGCAGCAAAUUGUUCGACAGAAUUACGUCAAAUCGGAUUUAGAAAUCGAAUUUGGUUAAUCGAUCGUAUACCUGAUUCUUCACUUACCCAAACACAAAAAGAAUCACAAGAG